UUGGGCUGCCCUGCUCUGAAGACAGAGAUCAUUAAGACGUCGCUCGCUGCUCCCUUUCAAAGGAUGUAUCCUCAGGGGCGGCACCCGGUUCCCUUGCAGCCAGGCCAGCCCUUCAAGUUCACUGUGCUGGAGACUCUAGACAGGAUCAAGGAGGAGUUCCAGUUCCUGCAAGCACAGUACCACAGUCUGAAGCUUGAGUGUGAGAAACUGGCCAGUGAGAAGACAGAGAUGCAGAGGCAUUAUAUCAUGUACUAUGAGAUGUCUUACGGGUUGAACAUCGAAAUGCACAAGCAGGCUGAGAUUGUGAAGCGGCUGAGUGUGAUCUGUGCUCAGAUCAUCCCUUUCCUGUCCCAAGAGCACCAGCAGCAGGUGGCCCAGGCAGUGGAGAGAGCCAAGCAGGUGACCAUGGGCGAGCUCAACGCCAUCAUCGGGCAGCAGCAGCUCCAGCACCUGUCCCAUCAUGCCCCAGGGAUCCCAUUGACCCCUCACCCCUCCAGUCUGGCCGCACUGGGGGGCGGCUCGGGGCUGCUGGCGCUGUCGGGGGUGCUGGGCAUGCAAGCUCACCUCACUGCCAAGGAGGAGCGUGGACAGCUGGAGAGCGACCACCACAGGGAACGGGCUCCUAGCCGGAGCAAGUCUGUGUCGUCGACGGACAGCCAGCGCGCGGAGGAGAAGCAGGGCCCCUCGGGGGGAGAUUACGGGGGCGAGGGGAGCAGAGAGGGGAAGAGGAGGCGCUGCGAGGACAAGGACCCCCAGCACUACGACAGCGAUGCAGAUAAAAGCGAUGACAAUUUGGUGGUGGAUGUUUCCAAUGAGGAGCCCUCGUCCCCCAGUGGGAGCCACUCCCCCCAUGGAAACGGCCUGGAUCAAGCCCCCCAUUUGAGGAAAGAGACCCCCACCAGCCCCCCUGGCUCCCCCCGCAGCACCCCAGGAAAAAACAGGGAGCCCGCACAGUUGGAGAAGCCCGGGAGUCCCACCUCCAAGCCCGCAAGCCCCUCUCCUCUCCGGGACGCCCUUACUCCCCCCGGCCCAGGACCCAGCUCUGCCUCCUGCCUGCGCUUGGUGACCAGCAAGCCGUCGCCCGCGGACCCCCUUGGUCUGCGGAGCCCUCUGGUCUCGGGGUCCUACCCUGCACAUUUCGGGGUGCUGUCUCACACGGGGCUCAACGGGGAGCUGUCCAGUCCCGGGAGCUAUGGGGGUCUGCACGUCUCCCCCCAGACCAGCAGUGUGGCCGGCUACGCUCGCUCCCCCAUGGUUGCCUACGAGUCUCGGCCAAACCUGAGAACUCCUGGCCUGCCGUCGACUCUGCCUGCCGUUACCGGAGGAAAACCUGCCUACUCGUUCCAUGUGAGCGCCGACGGGCAGAUGCAGCCGGUGCCCUUCCCUCCGGACACUCUGAUUGGCACGGGCAUCCCGCGCCACGCCCGGCAGGUCCACACGCUGAGCCACGGAGACGUGGUGUGCGCCGUGACCAUCAGCAACUCCACGCGCCACGUCUACACCGGGGGCAAGGGCUGCGUCAAGGUGUGGGACGUGAGCCAGCCGGGCACCAAGACCCCUGUGGCGCAGCUUGACUGCCUGAACCAUGAUAACUACAUCCGCUCCUGCAAGCUCCUCCCCGAUGGGCGGACCCUGAUUGUGGGUGGGGAGGCCAGCACACUGUCAAUCUGGGACCUGGCCACGCCCACCCCCCGGAUCAAGGCGGAGCUGACCUCGUCGGCGCCCGCCUGCUACGCCCUCGCCAUUAGCCCCGACGCCAAAGUGUGCUUCUCCUGCUGCAGCGACGGCAACAUCGUGGUGUGGGACCUGCAGAACCAGACCCUGGUCAGGCAGUUCCAGGGCCACACGGACGGCGCCAGCUGUAUCGACAUCUCGAACGAUGGGACCAAGCUGUGGACAGGCGGGCUGGACAACACGGUGCGCUGCUGGGACCUGAGGGAGGGCAGGCAGCUCCAGCAGCACGACUUCACCUCACAGAUCUUCUCUCUGGGGUACUGCCCCAGCGGGGAGUGGCUGGCAGUGGGCAUGGAGAGCAGCAACGUAGAAAUCCUGCACGUCUCCAAACCGGACAAGUACCAGCUGCACCUGCACGAAAGCUGCGUGCUGUCUCUCAAGUUUGCAUCCUGCGGUAAAUGGUUUGUAAGCACUGGGAAGGAUAACCUGCUGAAUGCCUGGAGAACGCCCUAUGGAGCCAGUAUAUUCCAGUCCAAGGAGUCCUCGUCUGUGCUGAGCUGCGACGUCUCUCCGGAUGACAAGUUCAUUGUCACCGGCUCAGGAGACAAGAAGGCCACAGUGUAUGAGGUGGUAUACUGAGAGACCUGCAGCAGCACACACACACACACACCCACACAAGCAGCCUUCCCAACACUGGCAUUAGCAGUCAUUCAAAACCUCGUAUUGUGUUGCCUCUCUCCCCCCGCACAGCUCCCAGUGCUCCAAUCAAAAUAUUUAAAAACUACAAGAAGCCAACAUUUAGUUUAUUGGGGUUAAGAGAUUACCUGCACCCUGCCUUGUUCAGGCAGCCAGCGCCCAGGGGUGGCUCCCUGGUGCAAUGCAUUGCUGAGCUGGAACAGAAUAACCCUCUUCUUCCUUGUGAUUUUAAAGCUUGAGAUAUGGCAGCGGUCUCAUCAGAGUCAGGGAUAGCAUUUAAACUUCUCUAUAUUGUUCUGCACUUGCUUCCUUCAAUUAUGACACAGGAAGUGAAACAACUUUGUUGAAAGCCAGUCGGAGACUAGCGACAAAUCUGCCUAACUCGAACACGCUCUUUAAUCUUCAGCACUUGCUUUUAGUGUGCCAAAACCCAAGCUUGCCUUCUAAGUCAGCACCGGCUCCUCCACUUGCAUACACCACACACCCACCUGUGUAUAAUACCGUGUUCAGGAAGCCCUUUGAUGAUCACAACAGGUAGAAACAGGAGCUCACUUACAUGUGCGCGCGCCUGCCGUGGGAACCCUCUUGGACAGUUACACCAAAAUGCCACGGUUCCAUUUGCCGCUGGGACCAACUCUAGCGCAGUUUGAAAUCAGGCUUCUUCGUUUCCAUUAGUAGCAGAUCGACAUCAAAUCCAUUUCAAUUGGGACUCUGCCCGUCAGCCCCAGUUAGGAUUGUGGGCUGGCAGAACACGAUCUCACCAAAACUGAUAGUGGAAGUUACCUAACGAGAGUACAAAUGUGUUUUUUAAAACUAUAGAAGACAAAAAAAAGGGAAGACGGCAGAACAUGAGGGCUGUGAAUAGAAUUACACUGGCAAGGGAAACACAGGUGGGGGGUGAAUGCGUUUAUAAACAGCAAAUUAUACAAGAACGGGAUCCACCUGCAGCGUAUAGUCCAAUGUGUAACCCCUACACACUACCCUGCAGAUGCAUUCUGUUCUUGUAUAAUCGCUAUUUAUAAACACAGGGAUGGAUUCACGGGAACGAGAUGAGAGCCAGCAGACAGGCUCCUCAGAAUGACAUAGCCCACCCUCGGAAACUGCCAAUAUAAAAUGUCUCCUGAAAAACAGACAUCCCAUCUGUGUGCUCCUGCCCUCCUUUAGAUUAGGAAUAUCCAGCCCUUAUAGCAUCUUUGAAUCUCUUCCCACUGUUUCAGCGUCAAUACCUUCCUUCCCUGUCUGGGACUCCAAUAAAAAAAAAGUAAAACACCAAGGAAAUUUAUUCUCAAGAUGCACUUACUGUUUGUGUUAAACACAUUUAAAACUAAAUGUAAAGGUGAAAGAAAAUAAUAAUAAAAUGAUGUAUAUGUGUGGAUCUUU